CUAGUGCUACUGCAACUAAUCGGCCUUAUCGUGGAUCCGCUGCAAAUAUUUUGGGUUCUGACGAACAGCACUUAUUUAGUUUCUAAAUUCAUCAAAACAGGGGUUGGUGACAAAAACGAAUACCCACUCUAUUUCGAGAAGGUUAUCUAUGAGGUGGACAUCGACGAGAAUGUGGAAAUCAAUCACAACUUUCUCAACGUCAGCGCAAAGACGUACGGUGAGGCGUCCGUUGUACGAUACAAGAUCUCGAGCGGUAACAUAGACAAUGUGUUCGCGAUAAGCAACGCAACCGGCGCCCUGUUCGUAGCCAAGGCGUUGGAUUAUGAGAAGAUCAAAAAGUAUGAGCUACGGUUGACGGUAUCGGAUAAUUUUAAGGAGAACUACACCACCGUUCUGAUCAACGUACGUGAUGUAAACGACAAUCCUCCGGUAUUUGAGAAAUCGUCCUAUCGCACACAAAUCACCGAGGAAGACGACCGAGGCUUGCCAAAGCGUGUGCUGCGGGUUACCGCCUCGGAUGCCGAUGUGGACCGACUCAACAACAUCAUCUAUUUCCUGACCGGGCCCGGUAUUGACAUCGAAAAUCCCUCCGACAGCAACUUUGACAUCAACAAGGCCACGGGAGAAAUAUUUGUACUUAAGCCCCUUAACCGAGAUCCACCACACGGACGAGCGUCUUGGAAGUUUACCGUCUUUGCGCAGGACGAAGGAGGCGAAGGUUUGGUGGGCUUUACGGAGGUGCAGAUCAACCUGAAAGACGUCAACGACAAUGCGCCGCAGUUCCCGAACGGGAUUGCGUAUGGAAACGUGACCAAAAAUGGCACCAUCGGCAUGUACGUGAUGACAAUAAAGGCCGAAGACUAUGACGAUAUCAACGAAGGCACUAAUGCGAAGAUCAUUUACUCGAUCGAAAAGAACGCGAUCCAAGAGGAUACUGGUUUGCCGAUCUUCGACAUCAACCCGGACACGGGAAUCAUCACGACGGCGGUAUGCUGUCUCGAUCGGGAGAAGACGCCCGACUACUCGCUGCAGAUAGUGGCCACCGAUGGCGGAGGUUUGAAGGGUACGGGAACAGCUUCCAUCAAGGUGAAGGAUCUGAAUGAUAUGCCGCCUCGGUUCACCAAGGACGAGUGGUUCGUCGAGGUGGAGGAAACCGAUGGAAGCGUGCUGCCCGAGGCACCGAUACUGACCGUGACGGUGAAUGACGAUGAUGAGAUAAACAAUUUCCAGUAUAAAAUCAUUGAAAGCAGCGGUUACGGGGCGGAUAAGUUUGCGAUGGUAAAGAACGCGGACGGUACGGGAAGUUUGAAGGUGGUCCAGCCGCUAGACUACGAGGAUCCGAUGCAGAUUAAUGGCUUCCGCUUUCGGAUACAAGUGAUCGAUAACGAUGGGAUCGAUGAGAGCGACAAGUACCACGUUGACCAUUCGUGGGUGAUUGUGAAGUUGAAGGAUAUUAACGAUAAUACGCCUCGCUUCAAGAAGCCGCACAUCGAGGCGGCUGUGUAUGAAAACGCGGACGUGGGGAAAAACUUGGGUACCUUCAAGGCGGAAGACAUUGACAAGGGCGGUAAGAGCAAAAUUACCUACAGCAUUAACCGUGCUACAGACCGGAAGCGCCAGUUUGCCAUCGACCAGGAAGGUACGGUGACGAUUCAACGUGAACUGGAUCGGGAAGCGAUGGCGAAACACUCACUUGAAAUUCUGGCCACCGAUGACGGUGUACCGCCGCGCACGGCCUCCGCCAUCUUGACCGUGUUGGUGAAGGACAUCAACGAUAAUGCGCCGGUAUUCGCGGAAGAUUAUCGGCCCAUUCUGCUCGAAAACUCACCGCCGUCGAAGAUUAUCGAAAUCUCCGCUGUCGAUAAGGAUGACCGGCUAGAGGGCAAUGGGGCACCGUUCCAGUUCCGCAUGGACCCGGACGCAGACGAUGUGAUUCGGACGUCCUUCAAGGUGGAGCAGAGUAACAAGGGUGACGGUAUGGCGAUCAUUUCAUCGCUCGGCUCGUUCGAUCGCGAAUACCGCAAGCAGUACACCAUUCCGAUCGUUAUCAAGGACUCGGGAACGCCAUCCCAUACCGGCACCAGCACGCUGACGAUCACGAUCGGUGAUCUGAACGAUAACAUCAUGCAGCCCGGCUCCAAGGAGGUGAUCGUGUACAACUACCAAGGCCAGGCGCCGGACACACCGAUCGGGCGUGUGUUCGUUAACGAUCUCGACGAUUGGGACAUCUCGGACAAGCUGUUCUAUUGGGAUGAGGCCGAGAAUCCACGCUUCAAGCUGCACGACACAUCCGGCAUGGUGACGAUGCGGCGCGGUGCACGCGAGGGACUCUACAAGCUGCGCUUCAAGAUCUACGACCGCAAGCACGCGCAAGAAUCGUACGCCAACAUGUCGGUGGUGGUGAAGCACAUCUCGUACGAGGCGAUCGUCAACUCCGGCUCGAUCCGGCUGACCGGCAUUACGGAUGAGGACUUUAUACGCAUCUGGAACUAUCGCACCCAGAACAUCUUCCGCAGCAAGCUGGAGCGGUUCCGGGACAAGCUGGCGGAGCUGCUGAACGUGCACGUGAAGAAUGUGGACGUUUUCAGUGUGCAGAUGAAGGAUCGGUCGGUGCCGCUGAUCGAUGUGCGGUUCGCCGUACAUGGCGCGUACUUCUACAAGGCGGUGCAGCUGAACGGCGUGAUACUGCUGCACAAGGAGGAAAUCGAGCAGGAGGUGGGCAUCAACAUCACGAUGGUAAACGUGGACGAGUGUCUGCUGGAGAAUGCGGACUGUGCCGGGUCGUGCACCAGCAUCAUCGAGGUCCAGACGAACCCCUGCCUAGUGAAUGCGAACAAAACCGCCCUGGUUGGGGUUCAGAUCAACUCCACGGCGGAGUGUGUAUGCAGCUCGCGAGAGUACAAGCAGCAGCAGACCUGCAAAUCCCAUCCCUGUCUGAACGGUGGUCGCUGCACCGAUUCCAAGUCGGGUAUCAAGUGCUCGUGUCCACCAGGCUACACGGGGCCCCGCUGUCAGCAGGUCGUACGUAGCUUCCGUGGCAGUGGCUGGGCCUGGUACCCACCGCUCGACAUGUGCGACAAGUCGCAUAUUAGCGUCGAGAUCAUCACAACGAAGCCGGAUGGUUUAAUUUUCUACAACGGACCUAUCACACCACCGAAGGAGGACGACACGUCCAAGCAGCUGUCCGACUUUAUUGCACUCGAGCUGGAGCAGGGUUAUCCUCGGUUUCUCAUUGAUUACGGCUCGGGUACGCUAGAGUUACGCAUUGCGACCAAACAUCCGCUCAACGAUGGCGAAUGGCACCGGAUCGAUCUGUUCUGGGACACUGAGCAGGUGAAGAUGGUGGUCGAUUUCUGCAAGACGGCAGAAAUCACCGAAGCCGAAGACGGCAACCUGGUCGAGUUUAUCGACCACACCUGCCAGGCGCUGGGCAAGGUACCUCAGUUCAACGAAUAUCUGAAUCUCAACACGCCGCUCCAGAUUGGCGGUGUGUUUAGGGACAAGUUUGACUACACUUACAGCCGCUGGCAGUACAUGCCGGUUGGGGUCGGUUUCGAGGGGUGCAUUCGCGAGUUUAAGCACAACGGAAUUCUGUACGACCUGUCACACCCUGGACUGUCUAAGGGCAGUGUGCCCGGUUGUUUGUACACGCGGGAGGUGUGCGAUCUGAAUCCGCAGGUCGCUCGGUGUCUCGAGCAUGGCAAGUGUGUCGGUAGCUAUGUCGAGGCCAAGUGUGAAUGCAAUCCCGGUUGGACGGGCACGUACUGCAGCUUGCCCACCACUCCAACCACGUUCAAGACGCACAGUUACGUGAAGUACGCGCUCAGCUUCGAGCCGGAUAAGUUCACGACACAGAUUCAGCUGCGGUUCCGCACGCGCGAAACGUAUGGCGAGCUGUUCCGCAUCAGCGAUCAGCAUAUGCGCGAAUACGGCAUCAUCGAGCUGAAGGACGCCAAGGUGUACUUCCGGUACAGCUUAAACACGGGCCAGGUGGAGGAGCAGGAGGUAGCGUUGACGGCGGUCGAAGUAGAUGACGGACAGUGGCACGUGGUGAAGGUGCAACGGUACGGCUCAGCGGCCAUCUUGGAACUGGACGGAGGUGAGGGUGCCAACUUCAACCAAAGCUUCUCGUUCGACGGACAUCAGUGGCUGUCAGUGGACAAGCAGGAGGGUGUGUAUGCAGGUGGCAAGCCAGAGUUCACUGGCAUCAAGACGUACGAUGUCAAAUCGGACUAUCAGAAGAGUUGCAUCGACGAUAUAAGAUUGGACGGUAAAAGCUUGCCACUUCCGCCAGCCACCAACGGUACCCAGUGGGGUCAGGCCACGAUGGCCAAGAACAUCGACCGCUACUGUUCCUCCAACAAUCCUUGCCAGAACGCGUACUGUCCUGAUCCGUUCGAGUGUGUCGACCUAUGGAACAAGUACGAGUGCGCCUGUGGCGAUGGUAUGAUUAUCUCACCAGAAGGCAAGACCUGCAUCGACCGGAACGAGUGUCUGGACUAUCCGUGUCUGAAUGGAGGCACUUGCAUCAUCCAGGAGCCGCGCCAAAAGUACAAGUGCAUCUGUCCGGACUCGUACUGGGGCGAGAGUUGUGAGUUUCUGAAAGAACGACAAGCGCUUAAAUUCAGCACCAGUGCCUUGGCCGCCGUAAUAGCCUGCCUAUUACUGAUCAUUAUUUUGCUGUUUGUUUAUUUUUCCUGCUCCCGGCGUCGUUCGGCUAACUUCAACAAGAAGCCGGCCACCAAGGGCGACAUCCGCGAGAACAUCAUCAACUACUGCGACGAGGGUGGUGGCGAGAACGACAUGACCGCGUUCGACAUGAAGACACUCAAGAUUCCGAUCGGACCGCUGCCAGAGCUCGUUCAACAUAAGGCACCUCCAGUACGUCCAGAUAUUGCCGUCGUGUCCGACCAGGUCGUCGGCAAGGUGGACGUGUUCCUGGACAACCGGAAGCGACUCGCCGACAUCUUCCCAGCCUCCGGGCCAUUCGACGAUCUGCGUAACUACACCUUUGAAGAUUGUGGGAGUACCUCUGGUUCACCAAGUCAGGUGAUGAUGAUGAACCCCAUGAGUAUAGCUUUUCAACCACAUGAGGUCCCCGUUUCGAUAAGUUAGUCAAUAUUUACGAACCGAGCAAAGCGUAGAUCGAAGAUGACGAUAUUUGCUUAGAGUAGUUGUAGCUGUGACAGGUGCUGUAGGGAUCUUGUUCCUGAGCUCGACAAGAAACAAGAUAAGCGAAUUCAUCAAAUAUGAACUACGAUUUCGGUGAAUUUCUCACCAGUUUGCGGGUGAACGGGUAGAUAUUCUUUGUAAAAUAUUCUCUAAAAUCCACACACACAUAUACAAAUACCCGUUAAUGAUGAAGACAUGGUCGUGUGAUCCAAAGUGAGAAUGUUGCGUUGUACUUUUACAAUGCAUCAGUUCGCAGGAAAACGAGAAGUUGCAAAAGUGAUAAAUGUGCAUAGUUUCAUAGCAAAUUGAAUUCGAAAUUUGCAUUACCCUACAAUAAAUGGUAACGUCUGGCUACAAACAUAAAACGAUGCAACACGCAGGGUUAGAUCUCUCGAAGAUUGAGAGCAUUAAAUGCUCGCUAUAAAUACGCACGGAAAAUGGAGAAUUCCUGUAACUAUUCAAGCAAUGGUGUGCUGAUAUACUGUAAUAAUGCAUGUAAAAAUCUAAUCUGCAAUCUAUGUCUAUGUCUAUCUAUGUCAUGUCUCGUCUAAACACGCAUUAGUUUCGUGCCAUUGGGGACACUGUAAAAAAACAGUAAGUAGUUCAUUUUGAAAGGACAAACUGGCGGAAGAAAACGAGUUCCCUGAGCAGAAAUUGCAUGGAUGUGAACUACAAAUGAGUUACUAGAUAAUAAGGCCGAGAAGGUGAUUUAAAAAAAAACUAAAACUAGCAUAUUUCUGUCGUUUAUUUGCAAUAUGUGUACACGUGUUCUUUGCGAAGGUGGGCGAAGGCACAUUGCCAUGUUGGUAAAAAGCAUCCAGAAAAUGAUCGAUCAAUGUUGAUCUGGUGAAAGGAAAUCCACGCAUUAACAGUACGUUGUAGCUCAUCCAUCAAAUCUUUAACGUUGUUUCUAUUGUUUUGCUGUUGAUUUUUUCGUUACUGCAAUAGAACAACACAAUACGAUAGUGAGAGACGAAAACUCUGCUCAAUAGAAGAAAGUCUCAAGAAACCUUGAAAUGGCAAAAUGCCGCACACUUCAUUAUUCUUAAUCCGUCGCUGUGAUGUAAACGUCCUCCCAUAAAAUCAUAAAACAUAAAAUCAAAGCAGAAACAAAUAAUCAAACAAACCAACAAACGCACAACAACCUCGUCCAACGUGGAUUGCAAGUGGACAAAAAUUACGAAAAAACUCGAAACUCAAUCAAAAAAUCCGACGAAAAAAAUAAAAAGCUGGAGACAAAGGCUUAACCGGACAGGUUACAAAGCAAAAACGUACUCACCGUCCACUCAAAUUGACGGACAAUCUGCUCUUUUGAUCGGAAUGAAAAUUUCAAUGAAUCACAAAUGAAAGCAAAAACAUCGACAAAACCAACCGCAUAACAAAAAAUUCGGUUCGAUUUUAUUUUCUUCCUUUUUUUAUGAUUACUCCUUAAAUAUAAAGGUAAACAUCGUGUAGACCAUUUAGUGAAGUCAAUCUGAGCAUUUAAUAACACCAGCGCUGGCUGGUUUCAUUUUCUAAGCUAAUGUCUCUUCAAACAUCCUCCACUGCUUGCUGGGAAACUUUACAACAAUGGAAUCCUUUGCAAAUCAUCUGUUUUCGCAAGGAUCAAUAAAAAAGUUGCAUUUUGCUACGACAAGACAACUGAAGCCACUCACCUGUGCAAAGCAAAGAGUAACUUGUGUAUUCAAUCAAUUACGAUGAAUGUUUCUAUCACUAAAAACGAUGGUGUGGUUAAUCAGACGCAGGAUAAGGAUGGCAGUGAUGGCCAUAGGACAGGAGGAGAAGCAGAACAUUUUAGAAGUGGAUCAAAAGAGCUUUCGUUCCGGCGCAGCAGAUGAGAUCUACCAGGGAGCUUUUGUUUGCCUAUUUGCGAAGCGUCUAUUGAACGAACGUGCUGCUCGACACAACUUCAAUCGUUGCAACGAAUGAACGUUAGGAAAGUGCAGUUUGCAGCAUUUUCAUUUUGCUCAACAAUACUAUGCGUCUCGAUGCCAGAAAUGCAUCCCAAUUUUACAGUGCAGUUUCGCUGUACAAAUAGCACACUGAAAAGAUGGUUAAUAAUGUUUAGUACCCGGUCAAAGCAAUUUCUUUCGAUAUAAAUUUCCUUCAUCUAUGUACUAUAUGAGCAUGCAUUUACAUAUUUUAUAAAAUUAUCGAACAUAAAGGAUCAGCAUUUCACAUCAAGGAUCAGCCGUGUGUCCUAUGUUAUAGUUUUUUUUUUGUUAUGGUUAUUAAUAUCGUCGUGUGUAUCCGAACAGACUAUAUGUUCAAUCUAUCUUCAGCGAUUGGUGUGGCUAACAAAAGAAAAGAUUAUUACUUACGGUUUCUAGAUACUGUUACCCGCGUUUUGAAAGCAUUGUUAUUUGGUUCGCUGAAUCAAGUCCAAAGCCAUGUUUGAUACUUAUCUGUCGACAAGAUCGGUGAACGAGGUUGUAAUAAAAGAAAUCAUGAAACGUGAAUGCCUCUUAGCAUUAAUAAAAAAAGGAACCAUUUCAAUAAUAGCUGCGAUACAAACCGAUUUACGUAGCAAAUACAGUUGACUCGUUUAAAUGUAUAUGUGUAAAUAUGUAAAAGAAAUGAAGAAAUAUUAACAUAUAAUACCAGAAAUAAACGAUAAGAGUAUUUCGCCAGAAUAAAAUAACACAAAAAUAAAUCAAAAAUAUACAUACUGGUAUCGCAAACAUGUCUUAAGGGUAGUUGUUGCGAAAUGAAAACCAACGCGGUGUAAAUUAUUUGCCGAAAAGAUUUAUUGUUAUACGUUUGACAAAAAAUUAGUCUUUGAUUCCCGCUUUUGGUUAAAAGACCUUCUCCGUGUCCUGUCGCCCUUUUUAUCCUUUCCUUGCCGAACCAAACGCGAUCGCUUGAAACCCGAGCCGAUAUCUUAUUUCAAAACGCGCGUUUACGACAGGUCGUUGGGUACCUUGCGAAAAGGUUCCAACAGUAGUUGUCGAACAGCAAUAGGUUCUUUUUAAUCGAUUAUUUCCAUACCAUCUCUGCGCUUAUUCUUGACUUAGAUUUCAUAAUGAUUAAUCUACAAAACAAAAAUUAAAUACGAAUUCCAAAGCCAUCCAACAAAACGGAGCAUUUCCAAUGAUGCGCGAUUCUUCAUCGAAAGAAAAACGUCACACAUUAAACUAAACAUUAGUUUGUGAGUCAUGUUUUGAUUUGAAGUUUUUAUCAUAUAUAGUGUUCUAAAAGAGGGACGAUAGAAUGCGUGACAAAAAUUGACGACAAAACACAAAAUCAAAUGAAAAAGUCGUAAACGCAUCUGUGUAGCAAAGAUGUUGUAAAGAUAAGACUUCAAUAAAAAAAUGGAA